AUGGAAAAUAACGGACAAAUUUCACGCGAUGUCGACCAGCAGCAGCGGUUUCAGAAUCAACAGCAGCAGCAACAACAGCAGCAGUUGAAUUUACAGCAGGGAGCCCCGGUCCAUCAGCAACAGUCCGUUCCAGCAGCACCCGGACAGCAACAAUAUGCUCUUCCUCCUCCUCAGCAGCAACAAAUGAGUCAGCCGGACCUUGGUCAGAUGAUGUUUUUGAUGCAACAAAUGAUGACUCAAGUGAUUCAAGUGACCCAGCAAAACGAAGCAAACGAGACACGCCGUGAAGCGCGUCAUCAGGAGCUCAUCCGUACGUUGGCAAAGUCCCGAGAACGACAAGUUGCAUACAAUCCGGAGCAGAUUCUUGACUCAUUGGCGAAUAACAUCAAGGAUUUUCGCUACGAACCGGAUAGCAACAUAACUUUUGCUGCUUGGUACACUCGAUACGAUGAGCUAUUCGAGAAGGACGCAGCUCGAUUAGACGAUCAAGCGAAAGUGCGACUGCUGCUUCGGAAGCUGGGACCGAUUGAACACGAAAGGUACGUGAGUUUCAUUCUUCCCAAGCUUCCCAAAGAUUUUUCCUUCUCCCAGACGGUCGAGAAGAUGAAAAAUUUGUUCGGUGCAAAGGAGUCGGUGAUCAGUCGGCGAUACAGAUGUUUGCAGAUUUCCCGGUAUCCGACCGAAGACCAUAUUGCGUACGCCUGCCGAGUCAACAAAGCUUGUGUGGAGUUCGAGCUCGGUAAGUUGUCGGAGGAGCAAUUUAAGUGCUUGAUAUACGUGUGCGGGUUGAAAUCGGAGAGUGAUGCCGAAAUUAGGAUGCGGCUCCUCUCAAAGAUCGAGGAGGUAAAUGACGUCACACUAGAGCACCUGUCAAAUGAGUGCCAGCGUCUUUUCAACCUCAAGCACGAUAACGCUAUGAUCGAAGCGCCGGUUCCAUUCGAACAAGUGAACGCGAUCAAGUAUAGCAACAGGCAAUUUAAAAAGCGUGACUUUGAGUCCCCAAACCAGGCAUUGAGCGAUAGUGAAUGCAAACCAGAUUCACCGUGUUGGUUUUGUGGCGGACUACAUUAUGUUCGCAACUGCGGCUACAAGCAGCACAAGUGUUCCGAAUGUGGUCAAUUUGGACAUCGAGAAGGCUAUUGUGGUAGUGCGAACAAAGCACGCCAGCCUACGAUGAGGAGAAGGAAGAAGCAUUCGGUGGAUAGCAAGGUGGUAAUCGUCGACGUAUGCAGCGUGCAGCAACGACGGAGGUUCGUGCCCGUAAGUAUAUGCGGGACGUCGAUUCAGCUGCAACUCGAUACCGCUUCGGACAUCACGGUCAUCAGCAAGCAAAUUUGGGAGAAGAUCGGAAGUCCGGAGCUGGUUCCAUCGACGGUCAAGGCGAAGACCGCUUCUGGUAAUACCUUGCUGCUUGAAGGCGAGUUCGUGUGCAACGUUACCAUCGGUGAAACAACACGAAAUGGUGUGAUUCGAGUGACGGAGAAACCACUGCAGCUUCUCGGAUCCGACUUCGUGGACAGCUUCGAUCUCUGGUCAGUACCGAUGGACAAUUUUUGCUGCAAUAUUUCUGCCUCUCCAGCAUCCUUGUCGACUCUCAAGUCAACCUUCCCGAAGGUGUUCAGUUGUAAGCUCGGGUUGUGCAUCAAAACGGCCGUUAAGUUCGAACUGAAAACAAGCUGUAAACCCGUGUUUUGUCCCAAACGGCCCGUUGCAUAUGCAAUGUACGAUGCCGUUAACCAGGAGUUGGAUAGAUUGGAGAAGCUGAAGAUCAUUUCGCCAAUCGAUUACUCGGAAUGGGCUGCUCCUAUAGUUGUCGUGCGCAAGGCGAAUGGGGCAAUUAGGAUCUGCGGAGAUUACUCGACAGGCUUGAACUCCGCUCUUCAAUCGAACCAGUACCCGUUGCCUCUACCGGAAGAUAUAUUUGCCAAGCUAGCGAACUGCCAAGUGUUCAGUCAGAUUGAUUUUUCGGACGCUUUCCUGCAGGUGCCGGUCGAUGAAAAAUUUCGGAGUCUACUUACUAUCAACACGCACCGUGGACUCUACCUCUACAACCGCCUUCCGCCGGGUGUGAAAAUUGCUCCUGGAGUUUUCCAGCAACUCAUCGACACGAUGCUAGCUGAUCUACCAGGAACAUCCGGUUAUCUUGAUGACGUUGUUGUGGGCGGUGAAAACCAGCAAGAGCACGACCGCAAUCUCCGAGCCGUUCUUCAGCGAAUUCAAGACUUCGGAUUUACGAUCAGAGCUGAGAAGUGUUCAUUUGGAAAGCGACAAAUUCGUUAUCUUGGACACAUCAUCGACGCUAGCGGACUUCGACCGGAUCCAGCAAAAGUUGAAGCGAUUAGCAAGCUUCCUCCUCCUUCCGACGUAUCUGGCGUACGCUCCUUCCUUGGCGCGAUUAACUAUUAUGGAAAGUUCGUGUCUAAUAUGCGAGCGCUCCGCUAUCCCCUUGAUAACCUCCUCAAAACAGAAUCGAAGUUUGAUUGGAAUACGCAGUGUCAACAGGCGUUCGACCGAUUCAAGCAGAUUCUUACUUCGGACCUACUGCUUACACACUUCGAUCCGAAGAAGGAGAUCAUCGUGUCCGCCGAUGCUUCAUCAGUCGGUCUCGGGGCCACAAUCAGCCAUAAAUUCUCCGAUGGCUCCAUCAAGGUGGUGCAGCACGCCUCGAGAGCACUCACCAAGGCGGAGCAGAACUAUAGUCAGCCUGAUAGAGAAGGUCUAGCUAUCAUCUUCGCAGUUACGAAGUUUCACAAAAUGAUCUUUGGUCGGCGCUUCCGCCUUCAAACUGACCACGCUCCAUUGGUUCGAAUCUUCGGCUCCAAGAAAGGUAUCCCGGUGUAUACGGCUAACCGGUUGCAACGUUUUGCCCUCACGUUACUUCUGUACGACUUUGACAUCGAGUACGUUCCGACUGAGAAGUUCGGCCAUGCCGACCUACUGUCCCGACUAAUAAGCCAACAUGCGAAGCCAGAAGAGGAUUAUAUCAUCGCUAGCGUUACACUGGAGGAAGAUGUCAGAGUCGUCGCGCAAAGCACCCAGGCCGAUCCACUUCUACGCAAGGUCUACCGGUACAUCCAAAACGGCUGGCCGCAAUCUAAGCAAUGGAUGGGUGCAUUCUGUUUUGCCGAACGACUCGUCAUUCCAUCGAAACACCAAAAACGAUGCUUGGACCAGCUUCAUCGAGGCCAUCCGGGUAUGCAGCGGAUGAAAGCGAUUGCCAGGAGCUACGUGUACUGGCCGUCACUCGACGAAGACAUCGUUGGUUACGUCAAGGCCUGUGCGCAGUGUGCGUCCGUUGCGAAGUCUCCUCCUCAUGCUACACCGAUGCCGUGGCCGAAAACAGUUGGCCCAUGGCAACGCGUUCACAUCGAUUACGCCGGACCAAUCGAUGGUGACUACUUCUUAAUCGUCGUUGAUUCUUACUCCAAAUGGCCUGAGAUUGUCAAAACGCGCAGCAUUACAUCGAUAUCCACAAUUGCCAUCUUGCGUGGACUCUUCGCUCGACUGGGGAUGCCGGUUACACUGGUCUCGGACAACGGAACACAAUUCACCAGUGCAGAGUUUGGCAAAUUCUGUGUUACGAACGGCAUCGAGCACCUCACGACAGCCCCGUUCCAUCCACAAUCAAACGGACAAGCAGAGCGUUUCGUGGAUACAUUCAAAAGGGCCGUCAAGAAGAUCCGAGAGGGAAGAGGAACAAUGGAUGAAGCAAUCGAUACGUUUCUCCUCACGUACAGGAGCACGCCAAAUCACUCUGUACCAGAAAACAAGACGCCGUCAGAGGCUAUGUUCGGCCGUAAAAUCCGAACCAGCCUUGAGUUGUUACGCCCGCCUCCCGCGCCCAUGGCAGUUCCAGAAGAGCAGAAAGAACAAAAGCGACGAUCGUUCAACCGCGACGAUGCUGUCUACGCCAAGGUCUACACCAAAAACACCUGGAAAUGGGUACCUGGCAUAGUUCUCGAGCGAAUCGGUAACGUAAUGUAUAACGUGUGGACCGAUGCUCGGAUGCUGCGCUCGCACGUCAACCAGUUGCGUAGUCGAAAUUCCACGAGUUCGAAUGCCAAGUUACCAGUCAGACAAGCCGUGAGCUCACACAGUUCAUUUCCGUUGAACGUCCUGAUGUCUGCCUGGAAUCUACCUCAGUCACCGUCGUCGCUUGCACCGGACGAGCUCGUCCAAUCAUCAUCAUCGCAAGCCUCUAGCUCAGCAUCAACUACGAAUCCGAUGACGCCUCAAUCAUUGCCGCCGUCACCGAGAUGUAGUUCACCAGCGACCACGAGUACAUCGAUGUCGUCAAUGUCUUCUACGACAGCAACAUCAACUGAGUUCGAGUUAGCAGCUGAAACCGAACCGGUAGAAGUUCUACCUCGGCGCUCUUCCCGUCUUCGAAGGCAGCCUCGAUGGUUUGACCCCUACCAGCUCUAUUAAGAGGGGAGAUGUUGCAGACAACGAAAAUGGAUUUGGCAACACUGCCAGUUGCCCUAUCUUUAUCGCAGGCCUCACCGACGGCAUCAACAUAGCUGCCACUCGUGUGAAGCAACAGAAAGAGCAAAACAAUAGCAUUAUGUUGUCAAGCAAGUUAGAAUGUUUUUAGAUUGUUUUGUGUCGCGUGACUGUUUUUAGUAGUGCCGUAAUAAAUUAGUAUUUAUAGUUACGUGCGCGUUUUAUUUCCUGCCCCUGAUGACGGGAUAAGUGCCACCUUAG